UGCAUGCACUUGCUAAAAAGCCACUGAUUAGUUGCUGGAAACGGUGGAAACUCAAAGACAGACCUUCAUUUCUUUGAUACUUCUAUUAUUUUUGAAAAAAUGUUUGCCUUCACUACCUUAAUGAUUUUGGCUCAUUGCUGUGGUUUUAUAAGUUGUGUAUUUUUAUUUCAACAGUCUCCACACGCUUUCGAACAUAAGGAUAUCUUCAUAUUAGCGGGCCAAAGCAACAUGGCUGGCCGAGGAGGUGUGAAGAAUCGUAAUUGGGAUCAUAUUAUCCCUCCUGAAUGUAGUUCAAAGCCAACGAUCCUUCGGCUUACCGCAACGCUAAUGUGGGAGGAGGCACACGAACCUCUACAUGAGGACAUGGAUCCAAAUAAAACUUGUGGGGUGGGACCUGGAUUAGCGUUUGCCAAUUCACUGCUGGGACGAAAUCCUAGCAUAGGGGUAAUUGGUUUAGUCCCUUGUGCCUUCGGUGGAUCAAGUAUAGAGCAGUGGAAACGAGGCUCGAAACUAUAUAAUCGACUCAUAAAGAGGGCUGAGGCAGCGCUACUAGAUGGAGGGCAGAUUCGUGCACUUCUAUGGUACCAAGGUGAGAAUGAUACUAUAAAUAAAUCGGAUGCCGAACUGUAUAAGAUGCGAUCGGAAGAAUUUUUCAUCGAUAUCCGCACCGAUUUAGCUUCCCCAACCCUCCCAAUUGUUCAGGUGGCGUUGGCAUCAGCACUAGGACCAUAUAUCGACAUAGUAAGAAAGGCCCAGCUUGGAAUUGACCUUCCAAACGUCACAUGUGUAGAUGCCAAAGGACUGGAGUUGAUGGAAGAUGGAGUGCACCUCAAAACUUCAGCACAAGUCUGUCUCGGGAAGAUGUUGGCGGAUGCCUUCCUCUGCUUGAGACUCGUGUGAACCUCCCUCAAGCCAUUUUUAUACUACACUAACAAAGACGCUUUAAGCUCUUACUCUUUUUUAUUAAAUUUUCCGAGUCAUUUAUAACCAUUUAACAUUAUCUCUUCCAAAAUCUCAAAGAUACAGAAAAACCUUUUGUUCAAGAAAUUACACAUAGUGAACUAGUGAACAUUUUACAUGCCAUAUAAUGGUUUUGUUGGUAUUUUGUGUAACAGUCGUAUCAAUUAAUAGACCAUUUUGCAUAAUUUCUUCCAUAAAAA